AGUCAGGUCGAGUGGUUGCGGCAACUGAAGGCAGUCGUCGAAGUUAUUCGUUGUGAGUUUCUUCUGAAUUUUCUGGCGAUUUUGCAAUCUUUCUGCCGUUGAUUUUCAAGAAGGCGGGUUUUUGAUAAGCGAAGAUGAAAACAUUGUGGAUUUUGACUCUCGUUUGCUUGGCCAUUUUCGUGGUGGACGCGAAAAAGGACAGAGGUCAAAAACUGAAAAAAUGGGAACGCUGGAAUCACAUCAAGAAAGCCAUUCCGGGACAGCAUGAUGCCCAUAAAAGCUGCAGAAUGCUCCCAGCGCGUCUUUUGGAUUGGUUCCACAUUCUUCGUUCUGUACAUCAGAAGGAACAGUGGAAGCUUAGUGGUUUUGAGCUGCCUAAGCUUGGAGAGGUUCUACCGCACUUGAAGAUAAAGGAAGCAAAAAUGCCUUUCCCUUCAGGAUCAGACAAAACAGAUUGCCGUGAACCAAUACACUCUGUGUUCAACUAUGUGUUGGAUCAAAAUGCUGAUGGUGUUUUGGAUGAAGCUGAGCUGGCAGACAUUUAUGAGAUUGGAACAGAGCCUUGCAUAAAAUCAUUCUUUAAGGAUUGUGCCAAAGGAAGAGAGACUUUCACAGAAGCUGAUUUUUGUUCUUGUUUUACCACAGCUGAACCGCCAUGCCUACACAAAUUGCGCAAAAUCCCAUCCAUACUGUUGAGAGGAGAGUCCCGGCCACUCCCUGGCAUUUACACUCCAUCCUGUGAUGAAGAUGGAUUCUACCUCCCCCGUCAAUGCAAAGUUACCGACAGAAGUGGUAAUAAGGAAUGCUGGUGUGUGGACAGAAAUGGAAGCAAGAUUGAAGGACUGACAGAGUGUGUGGACAACACAGAGCCUCCUAAGGAAGAAGAAGUAGAAGAGGAAGCUGUUGUGAAUCCAUCAAAGUAGAUAAAUUUGAGAGACGUUCCUUCUCCAGCAGCUACUGGUGCAUUGAUUAAAUAGCCACUAGUGACAACUGCUAAAAAUAUUGUAACUUUAAUAAAGAUAAACAUACUGAAUAUUAUAGGUUUGUGUUGAAUAGUUAGAAAGAAAUGAAACUUUUCAAGACUAAGUCAAUCCUGUAGUUAAUAAGUAUCUUAUUCUUUCACGCUCAAUCUUGCUUAAAUAACAGCUAAAUCAAGUGAAUUGUUUUGGCUAGUAAGGGAAUGUGUAGGGAAUUUUUGUGCUUAAGAUGAAUUGAAAUAAAGUAAACAAAAAUAAGA